AUCCAGUUGGAACUUACUUGGGUCUUGGUAGUAAGUUGGUGACUAAAUUGAUAUUUUCAAUAUUGUUAUUAUGCUUAAAAAAUUAGAAUACGCCGCCGCGGUGAUGCAACGAUUGAACUAUACCACCACCGCUGCGAUUCUAUGUAAAUUGCAAAUAGCUGAUUGAAUCGGUUCGACUAUAUUGUUGUACACGCACACCAAAUUAUUCCACCGCAAUAACCCCGCGUCGGGCAACAGUUUUCGUCCCGGUCCGUCGUCGCCGACACUGAUGGUCGCCUCCGCCCGUUACAGGUUAACAUGAUCAAGAGGUCCAACGCCAAAGAAAUGUUCAUCAUACGCGCGUUGGAGAAGAUUCUCGGGGACAAGGAUGUCAAGAAGUCGUAUCACGCCGAGCUGCGGAAGGAAUGCGAAGCCGCACUGCAGAGCAUAAAAUCUGAGUGUCAAGCCGAAGAGAAGACGGAUGCAUCAUCCGCCUUGCCCUUGCCCAAAGAUGGCAGCUCGGCCAUAUCAGCAGAAAAAUACUUCAGACCAUUUGAAUUAGCUUGUCAAAGUAAGUCGCCCAGAAUUGUCGUAACUUCAUUGGACUGCUUACAAAAACUCAUUGCAUAUGGUCACUUAACAGGCAACUGUACCAAUGACACGGGCAAGCCACUGAUUGAUAAGAUUGUAGAAACCAUCUGUGAUUGUUUCACAGGUUGUCAAACAGAUGAAGGAAUUUUAUUACAAAUCAUUAAAGCCCUGUUAACUGUAGUUACAAGUCAACACGUUGAAGUCCAUGAAGCAACAAUCUUAAAAGCAGUUAAAACAUGUUAUAAUAUUUAUUUAGCCAGUAGAAAUUUAGUUAAUCAAACAACAGCUCGAGCAACUCUCACCCAAAUGUUGAAUGUAAUCUUUACUCGCAUGGAAAUGCAAGCAAUGGAAGUAGAUGUACCAAAAUAUGAGUCCGAAAUUGUAGAGUUGUGUGAAGUUGAUGAAACAGUACAGAGUGAUGACUCACUUAAUAUAGAUAUCGAUGAAAGCAUUAUUUAUGAUAUUGUAAAUGAUAUAUGUGAUGCUGCUAUACAAAGUAUUGAUCAAGGUAACAAAACAAAAGAACUAGCCCAAGAUAUUGUAAGAUCCAUGUCGCAAGAGAGUUUGGAAACUACAAAUGAAGCUGAAUGUAAAACAGUUGCAUCUUUUAAUCAUAUUUUACAAAAAGAUGCCUUUCUAGUUUUCCGAUCUUUAUGUAAAUUAUCAAUGAAACCUUUGCCUGAGGGAACACCAGAUCCAAAGUCUCAUGAACUACGUUCAAAAAUCCUGUCUUUACAUCUUUUGCUAUCCAUUUUACAAAAUGCGGGACCUGUGUUUCGCACCAAUCCGAUGUUUAUAACAGCAAUCAAACAGUUUUUAUGUGUUGCUUUAUCUAAUAAUGGUACAUCAUCUGUACCUGAAGUAUUUGAACUUUCACUAGCUAUAUUUUUAUCUCUGCUAUCACGAUUUAAAACACAUUUAAAAAUGCAAAUUGAGGUGUUCUUCAAAGAAAUAUUUUUAAAUAUUUUGGAAACUUCAAGUUCAACCUUUGAACACAAAUGGAUGGUGAUUCAAGCAUUAACACGUAUUUGUGCUGAUGCUCAAAGUGUAGUCGAUAUGUAUGUUAAUUAUGAUUGCGAUUUGUCUGCAGCAAAUCUCUUUCAAAGGUUAGUUGACGAUCUUUCUAAAAUUGCCCAAGGUCGUCAAGCUAUUGAACUAGGUGCGACUCUAAAUCAAGAAAAAUCUAUGCGUAUUCGUGGACUCGAAUGUUUAGUGUCAAUAUUGAAGUGCAUGGUAGAAUGGAGUAAAGAUUUAUAUGUCAAUCCUAAUUCCCAGACUAACCUGGGUCCAGAAAGAAAUGUACGCGAAUAUGAUGCCAAUGAGUCAGCUAUUACUCAAGACAGUCUUAACUCACUCGAUGGUAGUGAAUCUAGUUUAACAUCAAAUAGUUCGGGUAACAAGGAAGCUCCUGAUAUGCCACAACAAUUGCAAGUGCUUAAACACCAGAAAGAAGUCUGGGAAACAGGCAUACUUAUGUUUAAUCGCAAGCCUAAACAUGGUAUAAAUUUUCUUCAAGAACAAAAGCUUCUUGGAACUAGUCCUUCUGACAUAGCUGAAUGGUUUCAUGUUGAUGAAAGAUUAGAUAAAACAGCUAUUGGAGAUUUCCUUGGAGAAAAUGAAGACUUUAACAAAGAAGUUAUGUACUAUUAUGUAGAUCAAAUGAAUUUUGUUGGCAAAGAUGUUGUGACAGCAUUGCGAUUUUUCCUUGAUGGAUUUCGGUUGCCGGGUGAAGCUCAAAAAAUUGAUAGAUUAUUAGAAAAAUUUGCCAGUAGAUGGUUUGAGUGCAAUCCAAACAAUGGGCUCUUUGACAGUGCUGAUACGUUGUAUGUGCUUUCCUAUUCAAUCAUUAUGUUAACUACAGAUUUGCAUUCUCCACAAGUCAAAACCAAAAUGACCAAAGAGCAGUAUAUAAAAAUGAAUAGAGGUAGUUGUAUAUCUGAUAACAAAGAUUUACCAGAAGAAUAUUUAAGUAAAAUAUAUGAUGACAUUGCUGGUCAUGAGAUUAAGAUGAAAUCAACAGUAAAACCAGGAAAACAAUUAAUACCAAAUGAAAAGAGACGGAAAGUAUUAUGGAACAUGGAAAUGGAAGCUAUAGCAGUAGCGGCUAAAAAUCUUAUGGAAUCUGUUAGUCAUGUUCGAGCACCAUUUACUGAAGCUAAACAUUUGGAGCAUGUUAAACCCAUGUUUAAGAUGACAUGGACACCAUUUUUGGCAGCAUUCAGUGUUGGUUUACAAGAUUGUGAUGAUCUAGAAAUAGCUAUGUUGUGUUUGGAUGGCAUACGUUGUGCUAUAAGAAUCGCCUGUAUUUUUCACAUGACCUUGGAGCGAGAUGCAUAUGUCCAGGCUUUAGCACGUUUUACUCUAUUAACGGCUAAUUCACCAGUGACUGAAAUGAAAGCUAAGAACAUUGAGACAAUAAAAACUUUAAUAACUGUUGCAUAUACUGAUGGCAAUUAUCUAGGUACUUCUUGGCUUGAUAUUAUCAAGUGUAUCUCACAAUUGGAACUUGCUCAGAUGGUUGGCACUGGAGUUCGACCACAAUUUUUAUCACAAGUUAUUAGCAAAACUUAUCCUCCUAUUGAAGCCCUUAGUCAAAAGUUAAACUUUACUACAUUAGACUCUAGUGGAAAAGGAUCAAUAGGCGAGACGAGUAGUCAGAGUGUUGUAGUUGCUGUAGAUCGUAUAUUUACUGGUUCUACGAGACUUGACGGAGAUGCCAUUGUGGAAUUUGUCAAAGCAUUAUGUCAAGUUUCCAUCAACGAAUUAGCCAACUCCACAAAUCCCCGUAUGUUCAGCUUGCAAAAAAUUGUUGAAAUUUCUUACUAUAAUAUGGGGCGUAUUCGACUUCAAUGGUCAAGAAUGUGGCAAGUACUAGGUGAACACUUCAACCGUGUAGGCUGUUAUCCAAAUGAAGAUAUUGCAACUUUUGCUCUGGACUCGUUACGCCAGUUAUCCAUGAAAUUUAUUGAAAAAGGAGAGUUUGCUAACUUUAAAUUUCAAAAAGAUUUUUUGCGUCCAUUUGAAAUAAUUAUGAAGAAGAAUCAUUCCCCAACCAUUAGGGAUAUGGUAGUUAGAUGUAUUACUCAAAUGGUCAAUUCACAAGCAGCUAACAUUAGAUCUGGGUGGAAAAACAUAUUUGGUGUAUUUCAUUUGGCGGCUUCUGAUCAUGAUGGGGCUAUUGUUGAUAUGUCAUUUCGUACAACACAGCAUGUAAUCAACUUGUUUUAUAAACAAAAUUGUAUAAUUAUGAUGGAAUCAUUCCAAGAUGCUGUAAAAUGUUUGUCUGAGUUUGCAUGUAAUGUUGGUUUCCCAGAAAUCAGCAUGGAAGCAAUACAUUUAUUGCGUACAUGUGCAGAUUGUGUUCAUGAUAAACCUCAAAUAUUUGCAGAACAUUUUUCUGAAGAACCGUCUUCUCUAGAAGAAGAUGGUGUAUGGGUACGAGGAUGGUUCCCAUUGUUGUUUGAAUUGUCAUGUAUUGUUAGUCGAUGUAAACUUGACAUACGAACACGUGCCUUAACUGUACUUUUUGAGUUGGUUAAAACUCAUGGAACUGUGUUUAAAUUAAACUGGUGGAAAGACCUUUUCAAUGUGUUAUUCCGUAUAUUUGAUAAUGUGAAACAUCAAGAACACAGUGUUGAGAGGAUCGAAUGGAUGACAAUCACUUGCAAUCAUGCCCUGACAUCAAUUGUAGAUGUUUUUACACAGUACUUUGACAUAUUGUGUGCUAUACUGUUGCAAGAUUUAUAUGCACAACUUCAGUGGUGUAUUCAACAAGACAAUGAUCAGUUAGCUCAGUCAAGUACAUACUGUUUAGAAAAUUUAAUAACAUCUAAUGGUUCAAAAUUUGAUAAAGUAAAUUGGGAUUGUACUUGUCAGACAAUUGUAUCUAUGUUUGACAGUAUGAUGCCAAAACCAUUACAAGAACAAAAUCUAAGGUCCGAGCAUGUCAAACCUGACACCUUAAUAACCGCAAAAUGUGCUAUUCGCCUUGAGCUUAUCCGCACUGUGGACAAUAUUGUGUUCUUCCCCUCCACAUCACGUAAAGAAGAUCAAGAGUAUUUAGCAUUAGCUCAAAAUACUACAAUCAAUCAGAAUACUGAAAUACUUGAACAACAACAAGAGGAGCAAGGAAUGUAUAGUAACUUGAGUUCUGAACAUUUGUUUAUGUUAACUGAUUGUCUAUUGCGCGUUCAUAAUUAUACCAAGCAAUAUAACUACACAUUAUUGCAAAACAUUCCACAGCGAAGUUACGUCAAUGACGAUAUAUCAAAUAUGUUGACACAAGAAACUCAGAGUGUAGCUUGUGUACUGAGAAUAGCACUGAAAGCUAUAUGUGAUGAGUCACGGCGUGUGCACUGGACACAUGCACAAAAUGUGGCUAGUACCGUUGUAAAUGAUUCUUUUCAGUAUUAUUUAUCAUUGAACAAUCAUUACCACAAAACUUCGUGGAAUCCUAUUUUAUUGCUCAUAUUUACAAAACUAUACAAAUUACCUGAAGACAAGUUUGCUGUACAAUCUUCUACACACUAUCCUCUGUUAUGUGAAAUGAUCAGCAUUGAUUUAAAACCUGAAUUGAAGACUGUCCUUGGUAGAAUAUUUUCACGAAUUGGACCAGUUUUUAAAAUCACGUAACAAUACAUUAGCCACAGAACUGUUA